CUAAAUCUCUUGGUUGAUUUUAUCAGCUUGUUGGGAGGAGUUUGUGAGUGUUAUUAUGAUCUUACCCCCAGUUGCUAUCAACACUGGUUCAUGUUGAACGAAGUGCACAGCAGCACAUGGAAAUUAAGGAUAUAAUUCUUGGUACCGUAACACAUCAGAACAAGAAAAUUCUAAAAAGUGUUUUCAUAACCUUAGCUCUAACUUUAUUGAAAGCAAUACUAGAAACAGGAUUUAUAUGUCCAUGUGAUCAGCAAUUUAAUGUUGCCUACGGUGUCUCGUUCUUUGUCUUUCCUGCCAUUUCACUGAUCAUCAUCUCUUUUCUCCCAUCACCAAAAGAAUAUUCCAAGAAAAAGAUUUUCACCACAGCUCUCCUUGUAUUGACAUGGACAACUUUACUUUUGCUAGACGGUGAUUAUGUGAUUUGUAUGUUUUCCACCGGGACGAUCAGGACUGACCAGCCUCUCAAAAACGACGGUCGAAAUCCGUGCAAACCACCGGCUAAUCAAACUAUAGAAACGACAGACCGACGAGCCGUCAAUGCCCUGCUGGGAUCGCAACUCUGUGGAGGACUCCUGCUUAUUGUGACCUUGGGAAUUUGUUUCAUUUUUAUUUACAAAGUGACUGAGACUGAAAGUGAAACCACAGUCGGAGGAACAGAGAAUGGAAACACCGCGACAGUGCAAACUGGGAGAGAAGACACUGGCAGCAAUCGGGAAAUGGAGCCACAAGAUGCGGAAAAAAUGCCACUGUUACUAUUUUCGAACGCACAACCUAGUUAUCAGUCAUCCCAAAGCGUGGCACCCAUGGGCCCCAGCCCAGACCCGAGCCCAGCCCCCAGCCCGGCCCCCACCCGGCCCCUAGCUGAGCGAAUGAGUGAUGAAGGAGAAGAGGAAUAA